UCCAAAUCCCAAACUAGCGUUCUCACUCAGCUGGUUCCUGCUCUGCCAUGGGCAUCUGCAGCUCGUGCGAGGCCACGGCGGUCGCUGCCGGCGGGGGCGACGCCGCGGCGGCGACGACGACGGCGAAGCUUGUCCUGCAGGACGGGAGGCUGCAGGAGUUCCCGCGGCCGGUGAAGGCCGGGCACGUGCUGCAAAAGCAGCCGUCCUGCUUCGUGUGCAGCGCCAACGACAUGGAGUUCGACGACUACGUGUCGGCCGUCGACGCCGAGGACGAGCUGCAGCUCGGGCAGCUCUACUUCCUCCUCCCCGUCUCCAUGCUGCGGCGGCGGCUCCACGCCGACGAUAUCGCCGCGCUCGCCGUCAAGGCCAGCGCCGCCCUCAUGAGCUCCGGCGGAGCCGCGGGCGGCUGCCACUGCCGGGCCCUCGUGUUCCCCGAAGCCGGCGCGAGGCUGGCUGUGUCAACAGGGGCGCCGGAACUGCAGAGGCGGCGGCGGCGGAGGUCCGGCGGCCGGAGAGGAGGUGGGAGGGGGCGUGAUUUUAAGUCCACGUUAAGCGGCAUUCCGGAGUAGAAGGACUGAGUUAACUCGGUGACUCUUGGACUCGGUCUUAGAUCCCAAUGACUCAGUACUGGUGGCACAGUACUGAGUUCCGAUGAGCAGAGCAUUGCAUUGCAUCUUCAGGCAUUAUUUAACAUAAAUGUAAAUACACGGAGCAUUCUGUGAAUAUUCUCGUCAUUGCUGAGGCUGAUUAAUC